AUGCCUAACCCCAACUUCGCCAUCUUCCUCACACUACUUGGCCUCGCCUGGUCCUUGCCCACACCAGCGCCCGCGGCUGAGCCCUCGCAUGCGGAAGGUGCCGUCAAUCUCGAGGCCAGAGGGCUAUACGACAUCGUCCAAAACGGCCUCUCCGGGCCCUGCACUCCCGUCACCAUAGUCUUCGCGCGCGGAACAGCAGAGCCGGGCAACGUCGGCUUGCUGGCCGGCCCGCCCUUCUUCGGCGCCCUCGGCAACCUGAUCGGCUCGGGGAACAUCGCAAUCCAGGGCGUCGACUACCCCGCCAGCAUACCGGGCUACCUCGUCGGCGGCUCACCAGACGGAAGCACCAAGUUCGCGCAGCUGGUGAGCCAGGCUGCCACGCAAUGUCCGCAGACGCAGAUUGUGGUGGGCGGGUAUAGUCAGGGGGCGCAGGUCGUGCAUAAUGGGUUGAAGCAAACCCCAGCAAACGUUGCAGCGAGGAUCAAUGCUGCGGUGUUGUUUGGGGAUCCGUAUGAUGGGCAGGCAUUGCAGGGUGUGUCGGCGGACGACACAGUGACUUACUGCUUCGACGAUGACUUGAUCUGUAAGGGUGAUCCGAUUGUGUUGCCGGCGCAUUUGAGCUACAGCUUGGAUGCUGGGAGUGCGGCGGCGUUUGUUGCUGGGAAGGUACAGGUUUGA